CGUCAGGAGAAAAACGGCGGUGCUUGGUGUCCCAAAGCGCAGAUAAGUAGCGACGUUAAGGAAUACUUGGAGGUGGAUCUCCAGAAAAACCACCUGAUGACUUGGACAGAAACUCAAGGCCGUUUCGGAAACGGCCAAGGCCAGGAAUUCGCUGAGGCCUUCUUGGUGGAGUAUUGGAGACCGUCUUUGAAUCAGUGGAUUACGUAUAAGGAUUCUAGAGGAGAAAAGGUACUAACUGGGAACAGCAACACGUACUUGGUCGUACGUCAACGACUGGAGCUUCCUUUCAUUGCCAGCAAAGUACGCUUCAUACCUUACAGCGAGCAUCCAAGAACUGUCUGCAUGCGCGUCGAGUUGUACGGGUGCACUUGGGAACAAAACGUUAUUAAAUACGAAGCUCCAAGAGGAGAAGUGCGGGAACCAGACAUCGACUUAGAAGACAUUAGUUACGACGGUACUUUAGAUGGAAAAAUGAUGAGAGGUGGUUUGGGCCAACUGGUGGAUGGGCUGUAUGGCGAUGACGAUUACCACAAGCAGUUGCAAGGAGAGCAGUCAGGCAGCAGAUGGGUCGGCUGGAACAGCGACACACACAACGGCCUCCCGAUCAAUCUUACUUUCGAAUUCGAUUCAAUCAGAGAAUUUUCAGCGGUGCAUCUCCAUUGCAACAACAUGUUCACCAGAGGAGUGCAGAUCUUCUCCUCAGCCGAGGUAUGGUUCGCUCUCGAUGGCGAAAAGUACCAAUCGGCUGGUGUUCGCGCCAUCAUACCUUCUGAUCGCAUGCGCGAAAAUGCUCGAAACGUUACCAUUAAGCUUCGAGGAAGACCUGCAAGGUUUGUGAGGAUUCGGCUGUCGUUUGCAGACAAAUGGAUGCUGAUCAGCGAGAUCGCCUUCGAUUCUGUUGCUUUGACAAACAACCUCACCGAAGACGACUUGCAGCGCUAUUACCUCAUUCCUGACACAGUAUCUACAACCACUGCACCAGGAGUUCCUAGUGGUGAAACCACUCAUGCUAGAAAAGAAGUAACACCAGCUACCAGCCCCACCUCGAGCACACAAGCUUACAUAGGAUUGAUCACAGGAGCUCUAGCAAUGGUUAUUUUGUUGCUGGCUUGUACAGUGUUUUUAAUGAUCAGACGAGGUAGAAAGAAGGUUGCUCUUCUUCACAAGCACACAGCCUUAGUAUCGAGCAGCACCAAGCCUACGACUAUCAACAUGAAAGACUUGAAAAACAACAUGUCUACUCCGAUUAUCAACAACGGUCUUUCUCGAUCUCGACUUUCUGUUAAAAGUAAAGACAAUACUAUAGGCUCCGUUGCUUCCAAAAAGGCUAAAAAGUGUAACCUGUAUGGAAACGUCGCAGGGGAGGAAUCGGAUAGUGAAAAUUCGUCAGUUUAUCACGAACCGUACAAACUACUGCCCAAUCCAAAGCAGGAGUAUGGGUGUUUGCUGAAGAAGGAGGGGCUCACGUCAAGCAAAAGUGGAGAAUAUACAGAUUUCACGAGUGUCAACAGUUUUCCGGAGGAAAUGAAAUAUUCGACGCAACCGCCUCCGGCAGCUGCAUUCUACAACAUGACGCCGCCGCCUCCACCCGCCUCACGCCCGCCGCCCACUUACGACGUUCAGAACGGCACGCUGCCCCAGAACGGCGGUGCCAUCAUAUCGGAGAACUAUUACGCCGCCACGGAUAUCAUCAAGGGAGAAAGACGAGAGCAACACUUCACACCAGGCCGAUUUACUCCUAUCAAAUUGCCCGAAGGACCACCAUUGGAAGGGGUCGCCCAUUUGUUAGACUUUCCAAGACAUAGAUUAAGACUACUGGAAAAACUUGGGGAGGGAGACUUUGGAAUGGUUCAUUUAUGCGAAGCAGAGGGCCUUCCAGAUUUUAAUGGAGCUUCAUCGUUCCAUAAGAAACAGUUGGUGAUCGUCAAGAGCUUGUGGAGAGGAUGUGGAGAUGCAAAAAGGCACGAAUUUCUACGAGAAACCAGCUGGUUGGCCGGCCUAAGAGAUCCCAACCUAGCGCGAGUAGUCGGAUUCUGCAGCCAGGACGAACCCAUGUGCGCUUUGAUGGAACAUUCCGAACCAGGCGAUCUUCCGAUGUUCUUAGUACAACGAGCUGUCAGCGAAGAUGGCACUACGACUAAAGGGCCUUGUAUUAGUUAUGGAUGCUUAAUAUAUGUUGCAACCCAAGUAGCUUCCGGAAUGAAGUAUUUGGAAUCGUUGGAUUUGGUACACAGGGAUUUAGCUGCUAGGAAUUGUGUAAUAGACAAAAAUUUCACUGUGAAAGUGUCUGACCACGCGAUGUACUGCGAUCGCUACGAAAAUGACUACUACAUCAGCGAUACGAAAGCCAGACUACCUUUAAGAUGGAUGUCUUGGGAAGCUCUACUACUGGGCCGACAAACUACCAAAAGCGAUGUAUGGGCAUUUGCGAUCACUCUUUGGGAGAUUCUGAUGCUCUGUACACAACAACCGUAUGCGGAACUGACCAGCGAACAAGUAGUUGAAAAUAGCAACCAUUGGUACCAGAACGAUGGCUGUCAAAGGUACCUUCCUAGACCAGCCGCUUGCCCUAGAGAAAUAUACGACUUGAUGGGCGAGUGCUGGAAGCGAAACGCAGCCGACAGACCACGGUUCUCUGAGAUCCACCUCUUCUUGCAAAGGAAAAACUUGGGCUACAUGCCCGGGCCCAACUCCCAAGUGUGAAGAAGGCGAGUGGUACUCAAAACAAAGACUUGUAUUCGCAAUUAUUGAGAGAAUUUUUGGUAUGAAUGUGAUUUUUCUCGACUGGUUACACGCAGGUACUACUUUAGGUUAAGGAGUUAAUGUUUAGUGGCGGGGAGGGGGAGUUUUGCAAGGGGUACUGCUCUGGAAAUAUUAUAUUCACGCGAGUUACUGGGAGAGGCAGUGAAGUAACAAACCUACCAAAUUUUCGCAAUUGGAUGCAUCUCAAUGAAACUUUUUGCAUUUGAUUCGUAAGAGCCCUGGGGAACUUUGUGAACUAAAGUGAUAAUGACGAAGUAAAUGAAAAUUGCAUUAUAUAACAAGGAAAAUACAUUUCGAAGUGAUGAAAAAUGAAAAAUUUGUAAUUCGUACAUAAUGGGUCUAUUGAAUAAAAAGAAGUAUUUGCUUUUACUUACAAAUAUUUAAGUAUUUACUUAAUAGUAAUUGAAUAAAGUCAUUUCUUUAAUGCUUUGUUCAAUUACUAUUAAGUCAAUACUUAAAUACGAGGAAGUAAACGCAAAUACUUCUUUUUAUUCAAUAGACCCAAUACAUGUCGAAUAAUGCAAUUUUCAAUUAUUUCGUCAUCAUCACUUAAGUUCACAAACUUUUCCAAGGGCUCUUAAGAAUAGAAUGCAAAUAAUUUCAUUGGGAUGCAUCCAACUACAAAAAUUUGGUAAGUUUUGACUUUUCUACUGAUUCAUUGCCUCGCCUAUGUAUCAAGAGUUAAUUGAAGAACGAGUUGGUGUAAGACUUUGCAAAACUCUUCUUCUUCGUUUUUAUUUCCACCUUUCUUUAUUUUUUCACUUGUAAACCCAUUGUGAUAUCGCACAGUUAGAUGUGCAACUUUAAUCAUAUCUAUUUCUUAAAAAAAUGUAAAAUUAUUGUAAAUCGGUGAGGUCUUGUCGGAUCGGUUAUUAGUUAUAAGAAAAAGUAUAUGGCAUUAUAUAAUAUAGAAGUAUAACAAAGAAGUAUAUAGUUAUGCUGGUGUGGUCAAAAAAAUCUGGUUUGGUAGUGGAUUUUACAAUACUUUUUUACUAAUUACGAUUCUAAAAGAAGUAAGGAGAUAUAACUUAUUUCUCUAAUCAAUAUAUUAUUAUAAUGAGUUCUUUAAUUUAUUUUAUUUUUAGCACUUAUAUUAUUAGUCUUUACUUAUGUUCGACAUUUAUAACACGCGACAUUAAAAUAACGACGAGUCCGUUUCAUACAAAUUCUGUUAUUUAUACCGUUUGAUGCCUGUUCUGGAAUUUUCGUUGGAGGC